AGUUCUAUCGUUAUUGUAAUGACCGAGUUUGUUUAAGUCUGGGCGUAAAUACAGUGUUUCGGCGUAAUGGUCCAACACAUUGUAAACUUGUUCCUUCAAGAAUUCCAAUAGAAAGAAGAAUCAAUUAUUACCUUGAUAUUACUAGAAUGAUUCAUUAUAGACCAUGUAGCUCGCAUAACAAUGAUGUUGGAGAUCAAGAAGCAAAAUGUAUAAAUAUAAGUUGUGCGAGACACAAAGUUGAAAAGCAAGUGCAAAUAGGUAAUUCCUCUUGA